AUGACUGACCUCCACCCUGUUUUGUCUCGACUGGGUCUUGCCCAAUAUGUCGAGAGAUUUAGCGAAGAAGGCUUUGAGACUUGGGAAACCGUCCUGGACAUUACCGAAUCAGAUUUGGAUACUUUGGGGGUAAAGCUUGGACAUCGCCGGGUAUUGCAAAGAGAGAUAGCCCAGACGCAGGGUGUGACUAUGGAGCAAUUGCAUUCGUCCUUCAGAUCAGGCCAUCGCGAUCAUCGUCAGAGUAAUGGAGGAGAUGAGAGCAGGACAGACGGCCAGGACGCUACAGGCGCAGGGGGCAAAAGAAAAUAUCGGCGUCACCCCAAGACCGAUGAGAAUGCGCCUGAAAGACCACCAUCUGCCUACGUCAUAUUCUCGAAUAAGAUACGAGAAGAACUGAAACCCGAAAAUCUGUCGUUCACGGCCAUUGCCAAAAGAGUAGGUGAGCGCUGGCAAGAUGUCUCGGCAGAAGAGAAGGAGCCAUACGAGUCUGAAGCCUCCGCGGCGAAGGAGAAAUACCAUGCCGAAAUGGCGGAUUAUAAAACCACCAGGUCCUACAGAGUGUACCAGCAGUACUUGGCGGAAUUUAAAGCCAAGCACGCUACGAAUUCGGGUGGGAAACGGCCAAAGCUCACCCCAGAAGAAACCCAGGAGAGUACAACUAGCAGUGGGAGUGCGGAAUGCCAGCUUGAUGGCAUAGAGUCUUUGUCUGGCAGUAGCGAUCUCAUGCACCGGAGAGUCGGAUCCGUGAGUUCAGGGGGCCUCUAUUCAGCCACUAGUGGACUUCCAUCACCUACAAGUGUUACUUCCGGGGCAGCUGUACGACGUGGAGGUCUGUCAUCCCUUACUCCGCUCGGCAAUACGUCGCCGUUGUCCGCGUCGCCGUCCACACCGUCGGCUCGCAGAGAGUCUUCGACUAGCCAACUGUUUCAUAACUCUGCCCAGGGUCGGCCUUCCGCUGAAAGACAGGAUGAACGAAUGGCGAUGACAUCCUCAGGGCCAGACCAGAGCUAUACCCGCAUCGUGGCACUCGAGAGCAGGGAAGCGCGGAAAUUGCAAGGACAUGGUUCAGGACCGUUCAUUGAACCAAGAAGGUCCGGAGGUCGAAGGAGCCCGCUUGAAAGUCCACGGCGGUCCGCUCGUGUUCCUACACAACCUCAGGAUGUUCCAUCAGAUUCAUCCAAAUCGUCGAUAGGUUCCACGUUGUUGAGUACUGGCACUGCUGCUUCAUCGCUCUACUCGCCUGCCUCGUUUGACGGAGAAAGGAAAUCUGCAUUGUCUCUCCCACCACUCGGCUCGAAUCCGAGCAGUAAGGGUUCGUCGUACGCUGAACCAGCCGCUCGACCAACUCUGCAACCACUUGCUAGCCGGACAGCAUCAUCGUUCGCUCCGGAUCAGCCUGCACAGUCUCCAUUCAAUUCAUCCUCAUCCACAGGUAUGAAGUUCGAGUCUCUUCAACUCCCACUACCAUACAACAUCUCAUUUGGCCAACAUCCGUUGCCACGACCCGACAGCGGCGGUAAACUGGCUAACCUAUUCGAUCUUCAAGAUACCUCGCGGAAGAGGAAUUCACUUCGCGAUUUAAGUCUUGAGCAUGAGCAAGGGGUGGCUACUCCACCGAUCCCACAAGGUCCUCCCGAACCUCGGCACCCUCCGCAUCAUCCCAAUCUACCAUCCUUCCCCUCCCUCUUACGUGAUGACACUCAUGAACCAUUUCCUCACGAUGCGGAUCCACUCGCGGUCCUUGCUUAUGCUGGACGAAUUGUUGGACGUGAACGCGGAACUCCACGACCACAUUGA